AUGACAGACGCCGCACGCUGGAAAGCCACUGUAUUUGUUGGCGGUCUAGCAUCAGUCGUCACCGCCGCCAACGUUCAUGAUGCCUUCAUCCCCUUUGGCGAAAUCGCAGAUGUGUCGCUGCCCAAGAACGACAAGCCAAACUCAACUGACCCUCAUCGGGGGUUUGCAUACGUUGAAUAUGAAGACGCGGAAGACGCCAAAGAAGCCAUCGACAACAUGGAUCAGUCGGAAUUUUUCGGAAGAGUCAUAAAGGUUUCAGCCGCCAAAGUACCAAAGAGCGCAGACGAAGGUCUCGGCAGCAAAAAGGCGCUUUGGGAGCAGGAAGGAUGGCUGGCUGAACAUGCCGUCAGUGAGGAGGACAGGCUCGCUGCGGAGCAGACCCAAGCGCAAGUUGAAGUGCGCGGAGAUGACCCCAUGCAGGGUCUGGAGGGGCUUGAUGUCGCAGGCCCAAGGCCGGAGUGA